CCCGAACGGACCCCGCUAAGUUUCAGAAGGAACACUUCCCGUCGAGCCUUGUAGGCGUACUCAGCUCCAGGACAACGCCAUACAAAUAUUACGCGGGAGAAAGAAAACAUCACUCCAAAGUUACGGUUUAGGCAAUAUUUGUGACUAACGUUUACAAUUGAUUUCUUUGCUUGAUUUCGAUCGCGAUGUCACAACAAGGAGCAACUUUGCAAACAUACAACAAUGAGCUAGUGAAGUGUAUAGAGGAUCUUUGCACCAAAAGAGACGAACUUCAGAAACAAAUACUUAACGAAGAGGAGGAGAAAGCAAAAAUUCAAAACGACAUUCGAAUUCUAAGCGAAAGGUUGGCAAAAAUCAACGAAAGCCUCGCUAAAAAGAUAGCUUCCAGGACUGAGUACGACAAAACGAUUGCCGAGACAGAAGCAGCUUAUAUGAAGAUACUUGAAAGUUCUCAAACACUUCUUCAUGUUUUAAAGAAAGAGACAGGGAAAGAUAAAGCACAGCCAAGUCACAGCCAGGGAUCACUGCGUGAAAAGACCGGAACACAAACAUGAAAACUUUUGGAUACUUCCCUAGUACCCCCCUAUCUUUAGACUACAAUGAUAUUGAACUAUAAUGAACUUUGUAUGGUCACAUUAAAAUAAUUUUCUCAAGGACAUCGCCUUUACUCCAAAAAACUCAUCAGAAUGUUAUCACUUCAUUUUUACAAGUAGAAAACUUGAUGUGAAAUAAAUAAUUUGUGUUUAA